AUGGACGACCUAUUCGACGUCUUCGAGGCUCCGCCUCAGGCGCCGGCACCAUCCGCCGGUGCCAGCAAGCGGCUCAAGAAGGAAAAGAAAGACAAGACCAAGAAGCGUCAAGCAGAUGGAGUUGUGAAGGCCAAUGGAAAUGCGACAACAUUGAAAAGGGACGACAGCCCGGAGGAUCAACCAAUGGAGGACUCGGAGCCUGCUCAAUUCGAUGGACCCGUCUCCCCCGAAAAGGCUCAACCUGCUCUGAAACGACCCCGCAUCGAAGAAGCACCUACACCUUUGGUCGCCGAUACAUUCGAAGCCGAACAAGAGGUCGAAAUCGCGGCUUCUGCUGGCCUUCAAGCAAACCAGGAGUCCGCUUCGCUGAUUGUCUCACACCAAGUGCGCCACCAAGUUUCAAUUCCGCCAGACUAUCCCUACGUGCCUAUCUCGCAACACAAGCAACCCGAAGAACCCGCCAAGGUAUAUUCCUUUACUCUCGAUCCUUUCCAGCAGAUUGCAGUCAAUUCGAUUCAGAGAGAGGAGAGUGUGUUGGUAUCAGCGCACACUAGUGCUGGAAAAACGGUGGUCGCAGAAUACGCCAUUGCACAAAGUCUCAAGCGCAACCAGAGAGUCAUCUACACCAGUCCGAUUAAGGCUCUGUCCAACCAGAAAUACCGUGAAUUUGCCGCAGAGUUCGGCGAUGUCGGAUUGAUGACAGGUGAUGUCACCAUCAACCCAACUGCGACCUGUCUAGUCAUGACCACAGAGAUUCUUCGUUCUAUGUUGUAUCGCGGUUCAGAGAUCAUGCGUGAAGUUCAGUGGGUUAUCUUCGAUGAAAUCCAUUACAUGCGCGACCAGAAUCGUGGUGUAGUAUGGGAAGAGACCAUUAUUUUAUUGCCCGAUAAGGUUCGAUACGUUUUCUUGUCUGCCACCAUUCCCAACGCCAUGCAGUUUGCCGAAUGGAUCGUUAAGAUGCAUAACCAACCCUGCCACGUUGUCUACACCAACUACCGACCCACCCCGCUCCAGCACUAUUUCUUCCCUGCUGGCUCAGAAGGCAUGCACCUUAUCGUGGGCGAGAACGGUGAUUUCAAAGAAGAGAAUUUCCAGAAGGCAAUGAGCACAAUCGCCGACAAAAAGGGAGAUGAUUCCAACAAUGCUUUGGCAAACUUCAAAGGCAAGGGUAACAAUAAGAAGACGAACACGGGAGGCGAGAAGGGACCUUCCGAUAUCUUUAAGAUCGUUCGGAUGGUUAUGCUGAAGAACAUGAACCCCGUCAUUGUCUUCAGCUUCAGCAAACGCGAAUGUGAAAAUGGUGCCCUCCAGAUGCAGAAACUCGCUUUCAACGAUGACUCUGAGAAGGAAAUGGUCUCCAAGGUCUUCGAUAGUGCCAUUGAAAUGCUCUCUCCGGAAGAUCGAGCCCUGCCACAGAUUUCCAACAUUCUGCCAUUGCUUCGGAGGGGUGUUGGUGUUCACCACUCUGGUUUAUUGCCUAUUCUUAAGGAGACUAUUGAGAUUCUUUUCCAAGAAGGUCUGAUCAAGGUCCUUUUCGCAACUGAAACAUUCUCUAUCGGUCUCAACAUGCCUGCCAAGACUGUCGUGUUCACCAGUGUUCGAAAAUUCGAUGGCACAAGCCAGCGAUGGGUCACACCCUCCGAAUUCAUCCAAAUGUCGGGUCGUGCUGGUCGAAGAGGUCUUGAUGAGCGUGGUAUCGUUAUUAUGAUGGUUGGCGAGGAGAUGGACCCUGCAGUUGCCAAGGAGAUUGUGCGUGGUGAGCAAGACCGCCUCAACUCGGCAUUCCACUUGGGCUACAACAUGGUCCUCAAUUUGAUGCGUGUGGAGGGCAUUUCUCCAGAGUUUAUGCUCGAGCAAUGUUUCAAGCAAUUCCAGAACAUGGGCAGUGUUUCAGGAUUGGAGCUUGAAUUGAAGGGGCAGGAGGAGAAGAAAGCCAGCAUGAGCAUUCCAGAUGAAGCAACCAUCCGUGAAUACUACGAACUGCGCAAGCAGCUGGAUCAAUUUUCUGAAGAUGUUCGCACCGUGAUCAGUCAUCCAAAUUACAGCCUUCCCUAUCUUACCGAUGGACGAUUUGUCCAUGUCAAAUUCAAGGACCAGGACUUUGGCUUGGGUGUUGUGGUCACUUACAAGCAACGAAAGCCAAUGAAGAAUACUUCAGAAGAUUUCCCUCCCCACCAUGCCUAUAUUGUUGAUGUCUUACUCAACAUUGCCGAUGGACCUGCUAUUGCUACCAAGACUUUCCAGGAUUUGCCAUCCGGCGUGCACCCCGUGAAAGAAGGUGAAAAGGGCCGCAUGGUAGUCGUGCCAAUCAUGCUUACUUGUAUUCAAUCUAUCUCGCAAGUCAAGAUCAAAUUGCCCAAGGAUCUGCAUGCUACGGCACGUGCCGAUACUUUGAAAACAGUGAACGAGAUUCGACGACGAUUCCCUGAUGGCGUUCCCGUCAUCGACCCAAUUGAGGAAAUGCAUAUCAAGGAUGACAGUUUCAAGAAGCUCCUGCGCAAAAUCGAGGUCCUGGAAUCUCGUCUUUUGAGCAAUCCGUUACACAACUCGCCGCGAUUGGCAGAACUGUACGACCUGUACGCCGAGAAGGUGGAGAUUGGGGCCCAAAUCAAGGCCACCAAGAAGAAGAUUUCAGAUGCACAAUCUAUCAUUCAGCUUGAUGAGUUGAAGAAUCGUCAGAGAGUGCUCCGUCGUCUCGGAUUCAUCAACGAAGCGGGUGUCGUUCAAUUGAAGGCUCGAGUCGCCUGUGAGAUUAGCACCGGUGACGAAUUGAUGCUCAGCGAGUUGUUGUUCAACGGUUUCUUCAAUGAUCUUACGCCUGAGCAAAUUGCUGCUAUGAUCAGUGUCUUUGUCUUUGAGGAGAAGGUCAAGGAGGCACCUCCCCUCAGCAAGGACGAACUAUCCAAACCUCUCAAGGAAAUCCAGAAUAUGGCUCGAACCAUUGCCAAGGUUUCUCAGGAGUCCAAGAUGGCUGUCAACGAGGACGAAUAUGUGUCAAGCUUCCACUGGGAGCUCAUGGAAGUGGUCUACGAUUGGGCCCAUGGCAAGUCAUUUGCUGAAAUCUGCACAAUGACCGAUGUCUACGAAGGCAGCUUGAUUCGUGUUUUCCGACGCUUGGAGGAGUGUUUACGACAAAUGGCUCAGGCUGCCAAGGCCAUGGGCAGUGAGGAUUUGGAGAGCAAGUUUGAAACCGCACUCACUAAAGUGCGUCGUGACAUUGUGGCUGCUCAGUCCCUGUACCUGUAG